CGUGCCAAGUGUGCUUAACAGCAGCAGGAAGAGCGAAAAACCCGCUGCCACACCGUAACAAACGCUUCCGGUUGUUACAGCGACAGAAGACAGAAGACAGAAGCCUCCAACGCAACGCAACACAAGGAAGAAGGUCGAGUCGAAGGAACGACGAGAGGGAGCGUGUGUUACACCCCACUUUGGUACCGUACACUCGCCCCAGCAAUGAAGGAACUGGCAAAAAGCAACAGUAACAAUGGAGCCUUUGUAGAAGCGGAGUUCAGUUUAGAAGAGAACACUGGCGAGAAACAGAGCAUGCCCCCAUCAUUCCCACCAAACCCUCGUUCCACUGCAACGAACGCAGCCAAAGGAUCGAUGGAAUCAGAGACAGAAGCGGAGAAAAGAGAGCACCCGGAGAUGGAGUCAAAACACGAGAAUGGUACAACGAUGUGUCCAAAGAGACACGCCGCACUCCUCUCCACGACUGCUCAGGUAGUUCCCAUUGGAGCGGCGAAUGGCGAAGACGACUGUAGCCAAGAAGAAUCUCGUUCGACGAAGAAACGACCACUGGGCCCACAGGAAGCUGUGGUAAAGACGCCAUAUGCUCAUCCGUUCAUGCGUCAGUUGAUGCGUGAGUCCGCCCCUCCCACUGGGGCGGCUGGAGAUCUGGAGACGGGUGUUUUUGGCUUUGUCCCCCUUCCCAAUCCACUUCCAACAUCCUCGGAGGACCGAAGCAAUGCCGCAAAACAGCACCAGGAGCAUGUAGUACCCGGUGCCUUUGCCAUCUCUGGACACCGUCGAGGAACCGAUUCCCACGAGGAAUCUAAGGAAGAAAUUGAGACCAGCCAGGACUUCCAAGUGGAGCUAGUCUGCAACAACAGUGGAAGACAGGGAGUCUAUUCUGAAAGUUACAGCAGUACCUUGUCAGUGGCCAUGUUGGUGGAUAGUGAACCCCACCUAGAGAUACCACAGGCAAAAGAGUUUGAUACAACUGCGAGCAAACAGAGAGAGCAAGGGAUCCGGCAAUUCAAAAUCAAGAUUUUUGCUGGGGUUUCCCUCCUAAUCUUAAUCCUUGUCAUCUUGGUGGCAAUCCUGGUGCCACAAACCAACGCUACCGAUUAUGUGACGACAGCAGCACCAAGAGAGGAGGAGGUAACCAAGGGCGAUCCAACUCAAGCCCCAACCUCCUUUGAGUCCUUGAUGUUAUCCCUUUUGCCGGAGCAAACUAUCAGUGCAAUCCACGGGGUCUCUGAAUCACCCCAGUCUAAAGCUUUUGACUGGAUACUAGAGGACAAUUUCCACCUUCCCUACCUCUCAGAUAAUCGCAAGUUGCAGCGAUUUGCUCUAGCGACUCUCUAUUUUGCCACUGAUGGAGACAAUUGGGCAACUAACACCCACUGGCUCAACCACAGUGUCCACGAGUGUGAAUGGCAUAACGUCUCAUCUUUUGCUUUGAAAGCAGAAAUGUCCGGCUACCUGCCUGGUUACUUGUCCGACUUCUUUCCCUCCCACGUGCCUGCCCCAACCACUUGCCACUCAGAUGGUUCCUAUCAACAACUUUGGCUGGACAAUAACGGCCUCGCUGGCUCACUCCCAUUGGAACUCUUCUGGCUGACAUCUCUUGAGUCCUUGUCCAUGGCAAAGAACCGUCUACAGGGGACCAUUUCUAGCCAUGUGGGAAAGCUUGAAUCACUCAAGCUAUUAGAUUUGUCUUUCCAAGAGAAUGCAGGUCUAGGAGGCUCAGUUCCAAGUGAGAUAGGGUUGUUGACACACAUGCGUCUGCUUUCCCUGGAGGAGAAUCAACACACGUCUUUCCCUACUGAGCUGUGGCAGCUGACAAACCUGGAGAUUCUUUGGCUUGCCAACAAUAAUCUGGAAGGCACAAUACCAUCUGUGAUUGGUGCCUUCUCCAACAUGUGGGUGCUGGGGAUUGAUCUUUGCAAUAUCACUGGAACCAUUCCUACAGAGAUUGGACAAAUGGAGAAACUGGAAUGGCUAUACUUGGAUGAGAACAGACUUACAGGAAGUCUGCCUUCGGAGCUAGGUCGCUUGUCUCGAAUGGACAUGAUGCGGUUUUCAGGGAAUUCUCUGGAGGGGACCCUCCCAACAGAAUUGGGGCUUGUAACAUCAACUUGUCUGCUUUUCCUACAAGAAAACAAGUUCAGCGGCCAACUUCCCAGCGAAUUAGGAAUGCUUACAAGUUUGUCUGUGAUCCUCAACCUAGGGGCCAAUGAGUUCACUGGGACCAUCCCGACAGAGCUGGGGCUCUUGAACAAUCUAGAUAUGCUGACUUUUGACAACGGCUUUCUCACCGGCCCAGUCCCCAGUGAACUUGGACUCCUCUCCUCCAUUGAACGUCUGUCUUUUGCAAACAACUCCUUAUCUGGCUCAAUCCCCCCAGAGCUUUCCUCUUUGCAGCAAUCUCUCCAUACAAUGAUUCUUCAGGGCAAUCCACUCUUGUCUGGGAGAAUCCCUGAUGGUCUUUGCAGCGUCAAUGCCAGCUGCAGUCAAACCCACUACAAGAACCCAUGUCAAGCCCCCUUUGGUUUGUUCUUUGAUUGCACUAGGAUGCUGUGUGGUUGUGGCUGCUCGUGUGUGAAUGGUUGAUGGGACAUGAGAGCCACUGCAUUUUCUUUUUGAUUGCACAUUAGUUUGUAGAUUUAACAACAUUUAUCGAGACUUCACCAUUUCAUGUUC